UGGGGUCCUCAGUGUAAAAUACGCGGAAGCGACGGGCGGAAGGAGCCUCGGCGGAAGCGGUCUGAUCUGUCAAGGCAAGGGGGAAAAAAAAGAGCAGAAUUUGACACAAAGAGGUUAAUCCCACCAAAGAGCACCCAAUUACCGCCCCUGUUGCUCGACACCGGCGUCCGCUGCCAUGAUCCUGUUAGAAAUCAACAACCGCAUCAUAGAGGAGACGCUGUCGUUGAAGUUCGACGGCGCAUCCAACGGAACCAAACCAGAGGCCGUCGAUGUGACUUUUGCAGAUUUCGAUGGCGUCCUGUACCACAUCUCCAACCCCAAUGGGGAGAAGACCAAAGUGAUGGUCAGCAUCUCCCUGAAGUUCUACAAGGAGCUGCAGGAGCAUGGGGCUGACGAGCUUCUCAAGAGGGUCUAUGGGAAUUUCCUGGUUUCGAACGAGGAUGGCUACAACGUGUCCCUCCUCUACGACCUGGACGCGCUGCCGGCCAACAAAGAGGAGGUCGUCCACCAGGCGGGCAUGCUCAAGAGGAACUGCUUCGCCUCGGUGUUUGAGAAGUACUUCAAGUUCCAGGAGGAGGGCAAGGAGGGCGAGCAGAGGGCCGUGGUCCACUACCGAGACGACGAGUCCAUGUACCUGGAGGCCAAGAAGGACCGAGUGACUGUCGUGUUCAGCACAGUGUUCAAAGACGACGACGACGUCAUCAUCGGCAAGGUUUUCAUGCAGGAGUUCAAGGAGGGUCGGCGAGCGAGCCACACGGCCCCCCAGGUGCUGUUCAGCCACAGGGAGCCCCCGCUGGAGCUGAAGGACACGGACGCCGCCGUCGGGGACAACAUCGGAUACAUCACCUUCGUCCUGUUUCCACGUCACACCAAUGCCAACGCCAGAGACAACACCAUCAACCUCAUCCACACCUUCAGGGACUACCUGCACUACCACAUAAAGUGCUCCAAGGCCUACAUUCACACACGCAUGAGGGCCAAGACGUCGGAGUUCCUCAAGGUGCUGAACCGCGCUCGGCCCGACGCCGAGAAGAAGGAGAUGAAGACCAUGUCUGGAAAAACGUUCUCCCGCUGAGGCCAACAGCCCCCACCUGGUAGACACCCGCGCUACACUGAGACUCGACGCCCCCCCACCAGACAGGACUCCCCUCAAUGCUCUCAACCAGCACCCAAAUGCAUGUCCAGUCUUUCCUUUUUAUGUUUUUUUUUUUUUUUUGAUUUUAUGAAUAACGUCGGCUCGAGAUAAAUGGAAACAUGGGCAUUCCCUGCUUUGCAUAGUUAAAGAGAAUUAUUAGUCCUAUAUAAAUAUAUAUAUGAAUAAAAAAUUGAAAUUUUUGAUACGAUAUCUUUUACUCCAUUUGGUACUCUUGCUCGCCCCUCAACCAUCACCAUGUGAUAUCCAUCUAUUGGAUGAUUUCAA